AUGACCACCCAGUCUGUCCAGUUCUCACAUUCCAAUGAGAGAAUCCCCAACAAGCUGGGGUCCUCUGCUAUCGCAGUCCAGCCCAGCCGCAAAAGCACCACUGUAGUUGUUGUUACUCAGAGGCCGCUAGGGUCACAACUGCCCAACGAUCACCACCGUCCCGGGCUCACAGUUGCCUCCUGGAACGCUGCCCGACUGGAGAAGCUCCAGAGAAGAGGAAAACCCUCCCUAGGCUUUCCCAUUGCUGUCCACAAGCCCAACACGAGCAGCGCUGCCACUGCAACACACACGGCUGCCACCGGAGUGAGAUCUCUAACCCAGUUUCAGCCUCAAAAUAGCCGCCGCAUCGGCGAAGCAGAGGCCAUAGAGCCACCGCCGACACCACCAGUGCCAGCAGGAGCCUUACGCCAGACUGGGGAGCAAAACAAGAUGACAAUAAAGUGGCCAUUUCAGGCACAUUAUUUGCUCAUCCUGACACAUGUUAUCAGCGCUAGUGGCUCUCCAAAGGAGAGACUCAUUGAGAUCUUUCCCAGGGAUGUGGGCCUGCACAGAAGGCCACUUGAUGAACAACAGUUACAGAUCAACUGCUCCAAAUAUAUCUUAAGGUUCUCUGUUGAGGAGGGAGCCAACAGGUCAAUGGCUGUAUCUUCUGGAGACGGCAUAGAAGUACUGCUUCUGAAAUUUGGUAGAGUGUGUCCUCGAAAUCAGAACCGUGAUGGGGGGAACCCAUGUCAGAGUGGUAUUGGUGCUGGUGUUCUCGUCUGGAUCUUGUGGAAGAUUUUACAGGUUGCCAUGGCCCAGCCUGAAAUCACCAUUGAGAAUGAGAAAACUGUCUAUGCCAUUCCUGGCAGCGAUGUGACCCUUCAGUGUUGCAUUCUGAAACAAGAUGGAAUCCACGUCACACAAACUCAGUGGUCAAAAGGGGAUGCUGCCCCGCUAUCCAGGAUAGCCAUAUACAAUCCUGUCUACGGUAUUCAAUACUUGCAUUUUGCUAAAAUGGGAUACAGCCAUUCUGUAAACUUCAGUCAACAAUGCCAGCAUCACCAGCCAGACUUGAACAGCCACAGUCAUUUUACAGCAAACUACACAGAAUGCAACCAGUGGAGUUUACAGCUGAAUAAUGUUAGUCUGGAACAGGCAGGACAGUAUGAGUGCAGCUUUGCUACAUACCCAGCUGGAAUAAGAAGCUCAGAAAUCAACCUCAUCAUUAAGAAGCCUGAUGAGAGAAGUUCUGUGGCAGAAAUAUUAUUGAACCAGACCCUGGAAAUUCCAUGCUUUAAAGGCAUGAAUUCUUCAAUCCUGGCUAAUGCUACUUUGAAAUGGCUAAUGAAAGGAACUGGAAAUGAAGAGAUACUUAUAACCGAACAGCCUUUUUACCCUCCUGGGCACGGAACCAAUGACACAAUAUAUAAGGAAAGAAUUCAUGUGGGUCCAGAGAACACACUGAGGAUAUCACACGUCUCCAUUCUUGACGAUAGCAAGAAAUUUGUCUGUUAUCUCCCUGGAAUGAAGAGCACCACUGAAGUGAAAGUAUUUGUCAAACCAGAAAUCCCUAUUGUCCUCCACACAAGCGUAACAGGAAAGGCUACUCUUACUUGUGUGGUAAGAAAGGCAUUUCCCAAGCCAAACAUACUGUGGUACAUGGAUAGAAAGAUUCUGAAGGACAACUUUGAAGGAACGUUUCUUGAAAUUCAAGAUAUAAAGGAUGAAGAAGGUUUUCAUGAGACGAGAUCACUGUUGACAAUAUUGGAUACAUUUCAGCCACCCAUUCCUCAGAUUUUCAGAUGCAUGGCCAUCUACCCUUUCCCAGAAAAUGAACUGCGGAAUGUUUCAUCUGAAGAAAUACGUCUUUCUUUGGACAAUCUGUCUACCAAAAGAGUGACUGACCUGACCUCACAGACUGUCCCUAGCUCUUCACCCACUGUCAAGGGUGGGUUUAAUCUUACUGACAGUCUGACUGCCACAAGAGCAACUGAACUAACCUCAUUAAUUAGCCCUGGUAAUUCUCCCACUGUAAGGGGUAGCCUUGAUAGUACUGGUGUCACAACGAAUCCUGGACCCCGUCAUUUCUCCUGGCCAGCGUUCAUAGCAGCAUUGCUUUCCAUCUGCAGUUUUUUAAUGAUUUUGGGGAUCAGAACAUGGUGCCAUUAUCAAAAAGAAAUUAUGAACCGACCGCCAUCUUUCAAGCCUCCACCUCCUCCUGUCAAGUACACGUCUAUGCAAGAAUGUGAGGGAGCUGACCCACCCUGCCAUGUACUGGAAAAUCUGUAAUGGGCCUGAAGUGCUCCAGCAGAAUAAAUGGGCUAUUUCAUUGUUUUCAAAAUGACAAUAAUCUGGGGGAAAGGAGCAGAUAUUAAUUUAUAUGUGUAUGAGUGGUCAGGAUCCAUAGUAAAG